AACUGCUGUGAAACGUUUCCUGUCUUUUGAAGCAGCUACUUCAGGACACGACAGAGCAAACACAACUCACAGAAUAAACUGCAACGAGGAAGGGAGGGCCACUGUUGAAAACGAAAGCACAAAGGGCAAAGCUUUAUCUAUCUGUCUACAAAUUCAGGACGAAUUUACUUUCAGACUCCAUUUUUUUGCCACAAAAAGACUUUUCAUUACCCAAACUAAGUAACAUCAUCUAUGUUGUUGACCCAGAUGAACCUCCUGGUGACCGGCGGGGUGUCAACCUAGUGGCCCGUGGGCCGGAUGCAUCACACACAGGCCACGCCCACCCCCGGCUCCACAGAGGCAAAAAACGUUGUGAUACAUUAGGUGACGUCACGUGAUGCAAUUGAGUUUGACACCCCUUCUCUAAAAGAAUGCAAAUGACAAGCUGUCUGCAAGGAAUAUAAAUGCUUUCAUUCCCCACCAUCCAGUCAGAGCUGAAGCAGCUUCUUGGAUGAGAAGCAAAACGUCUUUAAAGAAAAAACAAGAACAUCUAGUUGCCUCCUGAAAAAGCACCUUUGGAUUAUAACCAGACACAUCUUCAUUUUGUGCCUCACUUCAUUUUCUUUACAGGUCAGAUAUAAUCUAUCAUAACUGACAUGAACAACGCUGUGAGAGAAGAACUUUUCAAAGCAUUGAAUGACCUCCUUGAGAAGCAAUUUAAUGAUUUUAAAUGGUUGCUAAAGGGUAUUGACCACAAUGGAAAGCCAAACAUUCCUAUUGCUUCAUUGGAGAAAGCUAAUCAGCGAGAAGUUGUAGAUCUCCUGAUUCAAAAUUAUGGAGAAGAGGCUCCAGAGGUGUGCAUUCGUGUCCUUCAAAAAAGCAAUAUAAAUGAUGUUGCUAGAAAACUUGAGGAAACUUUACAGAAAGAUGCUGGUGCUCACCAACUGCCAGGUUUAUCAGAUGCUGGUGCUCACAAACUGUCAGGUUCAUCAAAUGCUGGUGCUCACCAACUGCCAGGUUUAUCAGAUUUCAGAAACAAUGUUAUAAAAAAAUUUCAAACAAUUGAAGAUCCUAAUUCUAUUCUUGAUGAAUAUGUGGACCUAAAUAAGAGAUUCUCAGAGCUAAUCAUCGUAAAUUUUCAACACUCUAAAGAAAGAGAAUGUGAAAUUUUGGCAACAGGAACAGCACAUACUGAAAUCAUCAGCAAGAGAGCUGAGUCUUCAACCAGCAUUAAAAGAUUAUUUAACCCUAAACAUGGAGCAAUUCCACAAACUGUUGUGUUGCAAGGAGCUGCAGGAAUUGGAAAAACUACCAUGGCCAAAAAAAUUAUGUUGGAUUGGGCUUCUCAAAAACUUUACCAGGACAAAUUUAAUUAUGUUUUUUAUAUUUAUUGUAGAGAGAUGAAUCUCCAUACAGAGUCAGAAAAGAGUAGCAUUGCAGAGAUAAUUUCAAAACAAUGUCCCAGCAAUUAUUCAGAAAAAGCCAUUCAAUUCAUACUGAAGAAUGAAAAGAAGCUUCUAUUCAUAAUUGAUGGGUUUGAUGAAUUAAGGUAUUCUUUUGAUCAGCCCGAAGAUUCCCAUUGCUUUGAUCCCUGGCAUAAGGAACCAAUUAGAAUUAUUUUGAAAAAUUUAUUUCAAAAAAAUCUUCUUCCUGAAUCCUCUCUUAUAAUCACAACAAGACCUAUUGCUUUGCAGACACUCCGUCGAUGUUUAGAAUAUCCACAUUUUUUUCAGAUAUUGGGGUUUUCUAGAGAGGAAAGGGAAAAAUAUUUCAGCAAUUUUUUUAAAAAUAAAGACCAAGCAACUCAAGUUCUCAGCUUUGUGAAACAAAAUGAUACACUUUUCACGAUGUGUGUCAUUCCCCUUGUGAGCUGGAUCAUCUGCACAGUGAUGAAACAAGAGAUGGAGAGAGGUAUAGAUCUUCAGAAGUUGCCAUGCACUCUUACUGCAAUCUAUAUGCUGUAUCUCUCCAGCUUGUUAAAGUUUCACCACAAAGAAUCCAAACAGGAUGUCCAAAGAAAGUUGAAAGGCUUCUGCUCUUUGGCUGCAGAAGGCAUCUGGAAACAGCAAAUACUGUUUAGGGAAGAAGAAGUCAAGAAGCACGGUUUGGAUCAGGAUGACUUCUUUCCCCUCUUUCUGAAUCAGAACAUCUUCAAACAGGAUAUUAACUGUAUUCAAACCUUCAGUUUCUUUCACUUAAGCUUCCAGGAGUUUUUGGCUGCUUUGCUUUAUGUUCUAGAAGAUAGAAAAAAGUGGCAAUCUCAAAACCCAAAGAGAAAUUUGCCAACACUUUUACAUAGACAUAGUAUAUAUUUUGAGUCUGUUUUUGCAGUAGGAUUUCGCUUCCUUUUUGGUUUUCUAAAUGAAGAAAAGAGAAUGAGAGAGUUGACAAAAGACUUUAAAUGGAAAAUUUCUUGUACGAAUAAAGAGUUAUUACUAGACUGGGUAAAAAAUAACAUUAACAGAAAAAUUUAUAAGAUCGACCUAAAUUGGAUCACACAAGAUAAUCAUGUGCUGUAUUUAUACAACUCCUUUCAUAGAAGAAUUCAUUUCUAUUUGGAAAAAGAAAUACUUAGUUAUUUAUAUGAGACACAAGAUGAGAAUUUUGUAAGAAAUGCGCUGUGUGCUAUCACUGAAAUAAAUUAUCACUGCGACUCAGAUAUGGAAUUGAUUAUCCUGGCCUAUUGUUUACAACAUUGUCAGAAUUUGGAGUAUCUCUAUGUUCAAAGCCCUACAUCUCGAUAUCAGGCAGAUAAUGAAUUAUUUCUUCCAAAAAAUGAAGUACAUUCACAUCUCGUUAAUUUACAAAUGGACUGGAAGCCAUUUAUAUUGGAUGAAGGAUAUAUGGAACAUUUCUUUAAAUCACUGACAAAGCUGAGAAACCUAAGAAUCCUGAGGUUGGAAAAUUUGCACUUUACACGGUCCUGCAGCAGGCAACUUGCUGAAAUCUUUAAAACAAACCGGAAGUUGAAGGAGUUAAAUUUAAUCUUAGAAGACACAAAUCUGAGCUCAAUGGACUUCCUGUGUGAGGCCCUCGAAGAUCCAUAUUGUAAAGUAGAAACACUGGAGCUUAGUGGAGGAGUCAUGACCAAAUACUGCAGCAGGGAACUUGCAGAAGUAUUCAGGAGAAACCAGAAAUUAAAAAACUUGAAGUUGUAUCUCUACGAUAUAGAUGACAGAACAGUGGAGAUACUGUGUAAGGGGCUUCAACACCCAGACUGUAAAGUAGAAAAACUAUGGCUUAGUGGAGAAUUUGUGACUGAAUUCUGCAGCAGGCAUGUUGCAGAAGUAUUCAGGAGAAGCCAGACAAUAAGAGCAUUAUGGUUGGUGCUAAAGUAUCCAAAAGAUCGACCAUUCAGAAUGCUAUGUGAAGGGCUCCAACAUUCCGCCUGUAAAGUAGAAGAGUUCGGGCUUUUUGGAAAAUACUUGGAUGAAUAUUGCAGCCGGCAUCUUGCAGAAGUACUCAGGAAAAACCAGAGAUUGAGAAAGUUAUGGUUGUGGAUUGAGGGUUCAAAAGUCGAAAUGGUGGAGUUGCUGUGUGCGGGGCUUCAACACCCAGACUGUAAAAUAGAAAAACUAUGCAUUCAUGAAGGAUUUCUGUCCAACUCAUCCAGCAGUGAUUUUUUAGAAGUACUUAAGAGAUUAAGAGAGUUACAGUUAUUUCUCUGCAGUCUAGAUGAAAACGUAGAGGAAAUGCUGUGUGAGGGGCUCCAACAUUCAGAGUGUAAAAUAGAAAAACUAAGGCUUGAGGGACGGUUCCUGAAAGAAUCCUUCUGUGAGUCUUUUGCCGAAAUACUAAGGAAAAAAACGAGAUUGAGAGAGUUGGAUUUAUUAUCCAAUGACACAAAUAAGAAAGCAGUGAAAAUGUUAUGUGAGGGGCUCAAACAUCCAAACUGUAAUGUAGAAAAACUAGGACUUGGUGGAAAGUUUCUGACUAAAUUUUUCAGCAGUCAUCUUUCAGAUGUAUUCAGGAAACAUCAAACACUGAAAGAGUUACAGUUGUUUCCCAUCAACAAUAUUGAUACAGUAGUGGAAAUGCUUUGUGAAGGGCUCAAACAUUCAGACUGUAAAUUAGAAGUACUACGGAUUAAUGGAGAGUACUUAGAAGUACUCUGUGGGCACUCUCUGCCCUUUGGGAGACAGAUUGCAAGAAUUGUCACGAUAAACCAGAACCUACGUAAAUUGUAUUUGCAUGGUGACUGCAUUAGUGACUACGAGACGAAGCUGCUCUGUGAGGAACUAAAACACUCAAGGCAUAAGUUAAAGGAGCUAUGGUCGAAUGGAAAAUAUAUUAUACAGAAUGGAAAAUGGGUGAACAUGGACCAUAGGACUAGAGCCCCCCGUGCAAAUGUUUUUUCUUCAUGCUUGCCUAUUUCUUUUGUGGCUCGCCGGCGGCCAGUGGAGCUGGCAGAAGAGUUGGACAGUGAGGAGCUUGGGGAGGAAUUUUGGCCAGUCCUGGGGGGCUGGUGAAACCUCGGACGAGAGCUCUGUGUUAGAGGCAGAGUGAGAGCGAGACAGCAGCAAGGCAGAGGAACAGUUGGAGCGCAUGCACAGAGCUACCAGAAGACAAGGACAACUAAGAAAGCAGAGUCUACUCAGGAGAAGAGCCACACUUUGGAAGUGAUUGGUCCCUCCCAUAGGAAACAAAAAAGGAGCAAACAGGGAGUGGGCUUUUGCAGGAAACAAUUCGUUGGUUCAGUGGUUUCAAGAGUGGAAAGUUCUGUUAAUGACUCUAAGAGACUCUGUGCCAAGUUUUGCUUUGCCCUGCGUUUGGACAUUAGUUAUCUGGCAGCUUCCCAAGCGAGAUAAAGUGUGUUGAUAAAUAUUCCUCUGAAAGACUGUUUGCCAAGCCGUGCUGACUGUGAAUGAAAGGAAUUCAGUCGUGUAAAUAAAGGAUUUUGGACUCUGCUUCUUGCUUUCUAAGACAGCCUAGGUCAGAUCUAUUUUUAUUUCUAUUAAGAAUAUGGUCAGGAAGAGUUGGAACUUAAUAUAUUUUAAGUGAAAUUCUAAAUAACUUUCUUUCAGCAACUAUAAUCUGAACUGUGGACUUUUCUCCCUUUGCAACUGAAAAAUGGUACAAGAAUGUAAGCAUAUAAACUUUUUCAUGGAAA